AUGCCGGUCUACGCAUACUACUCCCAGAUGAUGCUCAUUCGCAAAGAAAAAUCGAUCGGAUCCUUCUCCAUCUACGUCUGCGCCAUUCUGCUCAUCUCAAACAUACUGAGAAUCUUCUUCUGGCUGACCAUCGGAUACGCAGUCAAUCUUCUCUUCCAGUCCAUCUUCGUCAUCGCAAUCAUGAUCAUAGCGUCAAGGAAACCAGCUUCAUCAAAAGGUUUUGGAAGUGGGAAACCUAUGAAGAAUAUAGCGAUAGGCUUUCUAUCGAUGAGCAUCGAGGCUACUCUAGGCUUCCCGCAGCUUAUUUCUAACCUGAAGACGAAAAGCGUGAAGGGUCUCAGCUACACGAUGAUCGGUAUGUGGUUUUUGGGAGAUUUCGCGAAGACUGUAUACUUUGUGACCGAGAGAUCAACAGCCACAGGCAGUGUGGGUGCUCCAGAGCUUCCAGGUGUUUCCUCCCCAACCGUAGACCUUAAUGGCGCAGUUCAAGUUGGCAUUUGGGUCACAAGGGGCCUUUCCUCGCUGCAUUGUCCCAGUUGA